GCGACUCCCAGUCACGUGACCGCGCCUCUGAGAAAGUCGCAGCGCCUUGCGCAGCUUCGUCAGUCAAGAGUUUGCGCCUUUUUCAAUGAGUGUGCCUUCCCUUGCGCAAGUCUCCGCUGAAACUUUCUGUGCACUGUGGAAUAACGAUAUGAGUCCCGGGAAAGAAAAGGAAAAGCGCGAGUACCGAAGAAUUUGACACUUUUUGGUGGCUUACUUUCCUUGGAAAGUGCAGUGGCGUCUCCUCCAAUGCCCCAGCUGUAGAGACCUCCAGCUACCACUCUCGUACACCUGCCAGCCAGCCGCCCGUGGGAACAAGCGCAGGAUUUCAUUGGUUCUCCCUCGGGAUGGCGUUCCGGAUGCAUGUCCAGGCCCUCCUCCUGCUGUCGCUGUGCUCCCUGCUCCACAGCGCCUCCUGGAAGCCCCAGUGGCCUCAGCUCCGCGUGCCCGUGGUGAUGCCCCAGCGGACCGCACCGAUGCCCGCCCCGGAGUUCAUCUCCCAGGCCCGGCUAGAGGUCACCUCCUCCUGUGACCCGGACUGCCACAAGCAGGCCCCGACUCCCACCUACUGGGACCUGCGCCAGUUCCUGUCCUACGAAACGCUUUACUUCAACGGCAGCCUGCUGGAGACGGACGUGGGCAUCUAUGGGUUCAACCCGGCCGAGCUGAGACGGGACGCCCGCACCGGUCGGUCCCGGUCCCGGCGGCAGAUCUACGGGCCGGACAGCCGCUUCAGCAUCGUGGGGCAGGACUUCCUGCUGAACUACCCCUUCUCCACGGCCGUGAAGCUGUCCACCGGCUGCACGGGGACGCUGGUGGGGGAGCGGCACGUGCUGACGGCGGCGCACUGCGUGCACGACGGCAAGAACUACGUCAAGGGCGCGCAGAAGCUCAGGGUGGGCUUCCUGAAACCACGGCAACGCGACGCCCCGCCGCCCACCAACCGGACCGGCUCGGCCGCCCGGCCCGACAAGAUGAAGUUCCAGUGGAUCCGCGUCAAGCGCACCCACGUGCCCAAGGGCUGGGUCAAGGGGAGCGCCAACGAGAUCGGCAUGGACUACGACUACGCCCUGCUGGAGCUGAAGAAGGCCCACAAGCGCCGCUACAUGCGGAUGGGCGUCAGCCCCGCCGCCCGCCUGCUGCCCGGGAAGAGGGUGCAGUUCUCCGGGUUCGACAACGACCGGGUGGGCCAGCUGGUGUUCCGCUUCUGCAAGGCCCGCGAGGAGACCUACGACCUGCUGUACCAGCACUGCGACGCCCAGCCGGGGGCCAGCGGCUCCGGGGUCUACGCCCGCAUGUGGAACCGCCAGCAGCGGCGCUGGGAGCGGAAGGUCAUCGGCGUUUUCUCCGGCCACCAGUGGGUCGACCGCGACGGCGGCCCCCAGGAGUUCAACGUGGCGGUGCGCGUCACCCCCCUGAAAUACGCCCAGAUCUGCUACUGGAUCAAAGGCAACUAUGUGGACUGCAGGGAUGGCUGAGGAACGUGUAUGCAUGCCUGCAUAGCCACACACAAACACACAAGCACGUAUAUCCCCACACACAUGCACAGCCACACACAAACACACAUGCAUGCAUACAUGCAUGGCCACACACAAAAUACAUGUGCAUGCAUAGCCACACACAAACACACAUCCAUAUCUCCACAAAAGCAUUCACACAUACAUACUCACAAUAGCAUGCAUGCAUGCUUACCUACACACAAGCACACAUGCACGCAUACACACACACACGCACACAUUGCUGAACUGCACUGAUUUAUUCAACAAGAAUGUUACUGCAUAGGAAUGGAAGCGAUCUAAGGAAUAUUCAGAAGUUUAAAUUGGAUGAGGACAUAACAGGAUAUCGGAGGAGGGGGUCAGAGGUCAGCAUCCAAACAGCUGGACACUGUACAUCUUUCCUUCCUCAAGUUCAGAGAGAUGGGAGGUCUGGAAGUAAAAGAGAAAAAUUGUCUGUGUUUCUUUUAUCCCAGUGUAGGGCUUAGCGUUUGCGUUUGCACUGAGAACUGGGGCCGAGUGUGUUUAUGUAUCCUGCGAUAGAGGGCUAAGCUAUGCGUGUGUGUAUAUGGAAUGGAGAUAUAGAGCUGUUUUGUGCGCAUGUUUUUCCUGUUAGCCGCAUAUAGUGACACUAUCACUACAUGCCCUGCUGCUGCAAAGCCCUGCCUCUCUUCGGGGGAUACCCUGCUGAUGGGUAAUCUGCAUUCCUGCUACUGCAGCACACCCGUAUCAGCACUGGCUUAGAGGGCUGAGCACGGGCACUCGUAUUAAAUCCUCAACGAGAAGGCUGGGGGUCAGAGGUCAGGGGCUGUUUGCUUUCCACUGUGAGAAGUGUUCCGAUAAAGGCCGUGUGAGAUCACAGAGGGCGGGGACUCCACAGUGCUCUGACAGAAGAUGACUGCACACAUGAUAGCAGUUCUACAGAGUGAAAACUGCCGGAAGCACUGAAGGAAGGGGACAGUGAUGUAACAGACCACACCCACACCCACAGCCCCAGAGGUCACAAGGCCACACUGAUAAUGCCUGUCAACUCUUGUCAAUGCCAUUUCUAUUAGACUACUAAUCAUAUAGACCAUGCUAAGAAACGCAUUUAAUCGGUUUCAUUUACGCUGAAAAUCUUCAAUCCACGAAUGCAUAUUUUGAAGAAUGUAUCACUUUAACCAAAGGUGCUAUUUUUUGCUUUAAAUAAAUUUGUAAAAAAAAUACAUAUAAUAAAAAAUGCAAAUCUCUACUGAAUAUA